UUAAUGUUCGUUACGAUAGGUGGGGAUUGGGGCCCAGCGAGGUCCCCAACGGGUCCCAUGUUUCAUAGGAGGGAAUGGGACCGGAGGUGCGGCCAGGAUGAAGCACAGUCGAUCAAUGCUGUGCGGUCCGCUCGUACCGCCGCGAAUACAGGAGGAGUACGGCGUCGCAGGGGCAGAAACACCGCUUCCUGCCCGUUUUGCCUGCCUGCCUGCCUACCUGUCUGGCUGACUGUCGCAACUUUAUUGCUCUUUUGCUCUUGCCACGGAACGUCAUGUCCAGUGGAACCAAGAGCUCCGAGUUGCCGCAUGGAGUGCAAGCCGUGUGAAAGAAUAAACGGCUAAACCGUAUACGGAGUUGAUCAUCCUUCUCGUGUGCCAAGUGCCUGUCGACGUUCCGGAGUGUAAUAGGUUUUGAAUAUCGGUGCUGCCAUAUACGGUAUCGGAAAUAUCAUUUCCUUCUCCUCGUCGUCGUCGAGGACGAGUAGUGCGGUACAGAAGUGGAAUUCGAAGACGACGAGACACUUUCUACCUUGAACGGUGGGGCUGUACGUGGGGCCUUAAGUUCCUUUCUUUUUCUUCUUCCUUAUCCUUCUUCUCUUUUAUUUUUCUCUCUUCUUUUCGUCGUCGUCGUCGUCAUCGUUGGUCAACACGCGCGGGAGGAAUAGUAAGCAGGAACCUCUAGCAGAUUGGCAACGCUGUGUGCGAGGUUCUUUUCGGCUGACGGCAUAACGGAUCUCGUGCGGCACGUUUGUUCAGAUGAUUGUAAACGUAAGCUUCUCGAGUCCUCUUCGCAGCUGGACGUGGAGUCAUCGUUCGAAUUGUCGCGGCGUCACGCAUCGACGUGUUUCAGAGUCACCAUGAAGGCCGUCGUUCCUCGUUUAAUACUCGUACUGCUAUGCACAACGAUCAACGUCAGAUCGAUCAACGACUGCAGCGAUCCCAAUUUCCAUUCGCUGGAAACGUCGGAGUCGUCCAGGCUAGAGUGCGGCCCGGCUUUUAAGAACCGUUGCCAUUGUCUUAGGACAUGCUACGACGGCCAUCAUCAGUACGUCGUGAAUUGCACGAACACCGGCUUCAAAGACGCCACCUCGCUGUCGCACCUACCCAAUGAGACGCAAGUGCUCAUUUUCACGGGCAACGAGCUGAAGGAUCUACCGUGGAACGUAUUCGGCACACUGGACAGCCUGCCGUACCUGCGAGUGAUCGACAUGUCGAACAAUAAGAUCCGCGAGAUUCACGGUAAGGCGUAUCACCACGUUCAGCACGUGGAGCGUCUCAUACUCGACUUCAACGAACUCUCGUUGGACCCCGCGAAAAGUCAUCCUCGAGUGUUUUCGAAUUUCGUAUCCCUGCUUGAGCUACACCUGACCGACGCCUUCGAGGACGGCCCGCCGAGGAACCUGGCGUCAACGCUUCACGACAUCUUCGUCAAUAGCAACCUGACGCACCUCAUAAAACUACACCUGGAGCAGAACGAGAUCUCCGAGUUCCGCGACGUCAAUGUGUUCUGCGACCUGCCGAACCUCAUGGACCUCUACCUCGGCGAUAAUGCGCUGAGCGCGCUGCAUUUUAACCUGUCCUGCUUGCACAACCUACGCUUCCUUGAUCUGCGGAGGAACAAGUUCACCAGAGUGCUUGAGCGUGACCUGCAUAUCAUGGACAAUCUCGCCAAGCAUGACCGUGAGGUGUCUGUCGACUUCUCCGGCAAUCCCUUCGAAUGCUCUUGCAAGCUCAACCCGUUCGUCAAGUGGAUGGAGAAGAUGACGGUGUUUGUGCGCAACACCGCUCGGAUGCAAUGCCGCGAAGGCAACGUGAGUCGCGAGCUUUACGAAACGAAGAACUGCGCGCCGAAAUUGCUGGCUUCCACUCGACGAGGAACCACGGUGCUGCUUGCCUUCCUCUUCAUGGUACUCGUCGCUCUGAUAUGCGUGUUGCUAUACUUGUACAGGACGGUACUUCGGAAGAAGAUCGGCACGAUCGGGCCGAUCGCGCUCGAUUCGGUCAAUAAGCGAGUGCGGUACACCACGAUAGCAACCGGCGAAGACGCCCGCGAAGACGUGUGACGAGUCGUCCGAGAAGACAGGACGCAGGAUGUUCCGGCGGACGAGACAUUUCUCUACAGGAUCGGCACAAGUAUCGCUCAUCUCUGUCCGUCAAGGCGAGCCGCGUCAAGGCGGUCCGCGUGAGCCAAGGAAUCGCCAUGCUGGACACGCUAAUAAAGAGAACGCGAAUAAAGGAAGCUUCGUAAAAUACCUCGCGGAACAUAACGGUAUCGUUGUUUCCUGCUAAAUUAAACGCGCGGUACCGUUCGGCAUCGUCGCAUCGUUGGCGAGCGCGGACGUCACGCGAGUGAGAGUCUCUCACCGAAGUCGCUUACGAAGUUACUAUUGAGCCCUGUAGAACCCCCAAACUGAUCGAUUCUACCUUUUAAUAAAAUUUAAAUUUGAUAUUAUAUCUUGCAAAGCACUAACCACGCGCUCUGCUAAAUGUUGGGGAAUUAAAAAAGAUUUGCAGAAGACGAAACUGCGAUCGUUUUAUUUUCCGAAGGAACGGCUCCGUGGAACAUGACCUCUCGCGUGAGCCGAACCAACAUCACGAUGUAAUAAUCGUCAGCCGUUUGCGAAUAAAUGUAUUAUUUAUUGCGAGAGCAAUUGUGUGCCUCCGCACUUGUACUUGAUCCUACGUACCUUUCCGGACACAGAACACAUUCCGUCGCGACACAAAGAUUCGUCUUUUAUCGCUGGAUUGAGUGCUACAUUUUCGGAAGUUUAAGAGAAACGGGGUAUAACAUGGUCGACUGACCGGUUAGAGAAAGGAGAAGAA